AUGGCCCUCAACAACAUCUUUAACACUCCACCACUCACAAUUACUCCCGCCAAAACACCAUUCAUCACCACUCUUAUCCUACGCACCCCCUGCAUUAGCCUACACCCUCCUCCAUAUCCAAUCCUUUCUUCCUCUUCUUCACCCAACCCCACCUUCACUAACCCUCCUAGAGCCUCCCCUCCCCAGAAAUACACUUAUCCUGACCCAAUCCCUGAAUUUGCUGAAGCUGAGACUCGCAAGUUUCGGGCUGAGCUUUUAAAGAAGCUGUCUAAGGAAAGGGAGACAUUCGGAAAUGAUCUUGAUACUGUCAUAGAUGUCUGUGCUGAGAUAUUUAGUAAUUUCCUGCACCAGGAGUAUGGAGGACCCGGAACAUUACUGGUGGAGCCUUUCACGGACAUGUUGAUUGCUCUAAAGGAGAGGAAAUUACCUGGAGCUCCCUUGGCUGCACGGACAGCCCUGUUAUGGGCUCAAAACUAUGUUGAUAAGGAUUGGGAGAUUUGGAAUUCAAUUUCAAACCCACAAAUAUGAUCGUACAUUCAUAUACAUUUCAUUAAUUUGUUCCUU